UUGGGGAGCAUGCGCAGACCUCCCGCCGUCCCUCCCCUCCCCUACCGUUCCAAAGACCCCGGUUCCUUAGAAACCUGGCGGCGCGUUCACUGUGGCGGUUCGCUGGAUUCCGGGGCCCGUGCGUCCCCGCCAGCCUUCCUCACGGAGGACUGGUGGACGCCGAGACCCGUCCGGACCCAUGGUAUCCGGUGCGGCUCAGGGCGGGGGCUGCCAGCGUGCCAGGUGAGAGGCGGCCCGCGACGGCGGGAGCCAUGUUUGACCAGGACUGUGGGAUGGUCGUACUCAAGCUGGAGACUCUUGUGAAGAGAUGAGUUGGUGAAUGGAGAAGCCAGCAUGAAGAUGCUUCCCGGAGUAGGCGUAUUUGGGACUGGCAGCUCUGCCCGGGUUCUGGUCCCGCUGCUGCGGGCAGAAGGGUUCACGGUGGAGGCCCUGUGGGGGAAGACUGAGGAGGAGGCGAAGCAGCUGGCCGAGGAGAUGAACAUCACCUUCUAUACCAGCCGGACUGAUGAUGUCUUGCUGCAUCAAGACGUGGAUCUGGUGUGCAUCAACAUCCCCCCUCCGCUUACCCGGCAGAUAUCUGUGAAGGCUCUAGGUAUUGGGAAGAAUGUGGUUUGUGAGAAGGCAGCAACCUCCGUGGAUGCCUUCCGGAUGGUGACAGCCUCACGCUACUACCCGCAGCUAAUGAGCCUGGUGGGGAACGUGCUGCGCUUCCUUCCUGCCUUCGUGCGCAUGAAGCAGCUGAUUGCCGAGCACUACGUGGGCGCAGUGAUGAUCUGUGACGCCCGCAUCUACUCGGGCAGUCUGCUCAGCCCCAGCUACGGCUGGAUCUGUGACGAGCUCAUGGGGGGUGGGGGCCUGCACACCAUGGGCACCUACAUUGUGGACCUGCUGACCCACCUGACUGGCCAGAGAGCCGAGAAGGUACAUGGUCUGCUCAAGACCUUUGUGAGGCAGAAUGCAGCCAUCCGUGGCAUCCGGCAUGUCACCAGCGAUGACUUCUGUUUUUUCCAGAUGCUCAUGGGUGGGGGGGUGUGCAGCACAGUAACACUCAACUUCAACAUGCCAGGCGCCUUUGUGCACGAGGUCAUGGUGGUAGGCUCUGCAGGACGCCUUGUUGCCCGAGGAGCUGACCUCUAUGGGCAGAAAAACUCUGCCACGCAAGAGGAGCUGCUGUUGAGGGACUCGCUGGCUGUGGGCACAGGGCUCCUGGAGCAGGGGCCCCAGGAUGUCCCGCUGCUCUACCUGAAGGGCAUGGUCUACAUGGUGCAGGCCCUGCGCCAGUCCUUCCAGGGGCAGGGGGACCGCCGCACAUGGGACCACACACCCGUCUCCAUGGCCGCCUCGUUCGAGGAUGGGCUCUACAUGCAGAGCGUGGUGGAUGCCAUCAAACGGUCAAGCCGAUCUGGGGAGUGGGAGGCUGUUGAGGUGCUGACAGAGGAGCCUGACGCCAACCAGAACCUAUGUGAGGCGCUCCAGCGGAAUAACCUGUGAGCCUGCACAUGGGCUCCCUGCCACGGGGCAAAGGGCAAGGGAUGGACCAGGAGCUGUGAUGGGAGGGCUUGGUUAUAGCACAGACAGUGUCUUUCAUUCGACAGGUCAACCUGGGCAGAGUUGAAUUUGGGUGAAUCCGAAGGUGGCCCCAGGAGAACGCGCCCUCCAGUGCUCACUUACUCAGACUGGCAGGGCGGAGCCAUUCCUGUUGCCAUGGCCAAGAGGGCCGGCACACUGCGCAGGGCGGAGCUGCCCCCAGUCUGUGAGCAGGGCCAGCAAAGGCUUGACUUGGGGGCUUCAUCAGCCUAUUUGUGGUCUUAACUGGAUGAGAAAGCACAGCAAGGAGCCAGCUUGGCUGAUUCCUCAGGCCUGAGGAAAAAUGACAAGAGGCCUUGAUUCCAUGCCCUUCCUGGGCUGGGGCAUCUCAGGAAUGGUGAGGGCAGCAAGUCAUCCCUCAGGGAUCCGCACCCGCCCUCCCUCCCAUGUGACCAGGCCCUUCCUGCCUCCAAGCUGCCCCUUCCCUGGCAGGGAGGAGGGGUUCUUUAUUUAGUAGUUGAGCUCUCAGGGGCUGUUGACCUAGGGCAGAGGGCUCCUGAGUUGGCAGAGAGGAGACAGGGAGAGCUUUGGGACAUCUGAUAAAUGUUAUUAAUAAAUCAGAAAGUCUGACACUA